AUGCAGGUGGUAAAACCAUGCAGAACAGGAAGUUCCCCUAAUUUCCCUGUUACACCAGCUCACACCAGCUCACAUCAACUCACAUCAACUCACAUCAACUCACAUCAACUCACAUCAACUCACAUCAACUCACAUCAACUCACAUCAACUCACAUCAACUCACAUCAACUCACAUCAACUCAUAUCAACUCGCAUCUACUCACACUAAUUUAUAUCUACUCAUUUCUACUCACUCUUACUCCCUUCUACUCUCUUCUACUCCCUCCUACUUCCUCCUACUCCCUCCUACUCCCUCCUACUCCCUCCUACUCCCUCCUACUCCCUCCUACUCCCUCCUACUCCCUCCUACUCCCUCCUACUCCCUCCUACUCCCUCCUACUCCCUCCUAUUUCCUCCUAUUUCCUCCUAUUUCCUCCUAUUUCCUCCUAUCACAUAUUUUGUUAA